CCAAAAAUCUUAAAAAUCACUCCUUUCUCAAAUUUCCUUUUACUUUUAAUCAAGAAACAAACCAAUCUCUUUCCAAAAAUGCCUUAAGAAAUUCCUAACCUCACUUUCUCUCCCUUCCGAAAAAAAACAAAACAAAACAAAACAAAACAAUAUUAUACAAUCCAAUCGCAAAAUUGAGCGCAUAAAACAUCUUCCUCCUCGGUUAAAGAAGAAGGAAGAAGCGGCCAGGAACUGGACAAUAUGACGCGCAACGUUAACGCCGGUGUGCAAGCACCAGUUGUUACCACAUUGUCAGGGGGGAUAUAGUAUCGCGAUAGGUAACCACAGGAAGAGAAUACUUUCACUGCCAAACGUACGGUUGGGAGCCUUGGAGAAGGACGAGAAAACACUGGACUAGAGGCAUCGACGACUGUUAGGCCAGACGGAUAAGGACGGUGAGAGUGAAACGAGUUAGGCACAGCCUGGGCACGCGACUAUUCUCUCUAUCGUUUUUCCUGACUUUCCUUGUUCGACGAUCGUUGAACGAAACCACAGUGAACCACGGCGUUCGAAAAUCGAUCCUCUUUUGUGUACCGUUUCGAAGAAACCGGAGAAAAGUAGUUCACAUUCCAAUCGUUUGGAAUUUGGUUACCGACUGGUUUACUUUUAGAGAAAGAGGAAAAGAAGGAGAGAGAUUCGAUCGAGAUAUUUAAGAAGAGAUUUUUUUGGGAGAUGGGAAGAAAAUCUGUAUGAAAAUCGAGAAAUAACGCAAUAUCCCCAUGAAUAAAUUACGAGAAUCAUCAAAAGCGCGAUGAAGAACAUAAAACUCCACGUAUCGUUCAAAGUACAUCGUAUUCAGAAGAUCGGCAUCCGACCACCAGAUAUUCGAUAAAAUCGGGAGGCUGCGUGAUGACAUACAACCAAAAUCAAAAAUAUUUUUCAAAAACCUGCCAAUUGAUGAAGAAUGGUUCUCAGCGCGAUCGUAGUUGCAUCGGCUUUGAAAGGAGCCUUGAGUCUCAUGGGCACGAGCCUGUGGUUAAUUCCACUAUUGAUAGCAGGCCUAUCUUAUUAUCGAUACGAUCAACUGGAUCCAGAAAGCCGACCAAUCGACAGAUACCCUCUUUAUCCGGAAUACGACUUUAUCGUGGUGGGUGGUGGAUCAGCCGGGGCCGUUGUAGCCAACAGAUUGUCAGAAAUACCAAAAUGGAACAUUCUUUUGCUCGAGGCUGGCCCGGACGAGAACGAAGUGACGGACGUGCCUUCUUUGGCAGCAUAUCUCCAACUGACGAAAAUCGAUUGGAAAUACAAAACGGAACCCACAGGCAGGGCUUGUUUGGCUAUGAAAGAUAGCCGUUGCAACUGGCCUCGAGGCAAAGUACUAGGUGGCUCUAGUGUGCUGAAUUACAUGCUCUACGUAAGAGGAAACAGACAUGAUUAUGAUCACUGGGAAUCGAUGGGUAAUCCUGGGUGGGGAUACGACCAGGCGCUCUACUAUUUCAAAAAAUCGGAAGAUAAUAGGAAUCCAUACCUGCAAAAAAGUCCAUAUCACUCGACAGGUGGUUAUUUGACCGUGCAAGAAUCACCGUGGAAGACUCCUUUAGUAGUGGCGUUCGUUCAAGCGGGAACGGAAAUAGGAUACGAGAAUAGAGAUAUAAACGGAGAACGGCAGACAGGAUUCAUGAUAGCCCAAGGUACUAUUCGCAGAGGUAGCAGGUGUUCCACUGCUAAAGCUUUUCUAAGACCGAUCAGACUGCGCAGGAACAUUCACACUGCCAUGAAUUGUCACGUGACUAGAAUACUCAUAGAUCCUAUAGCGAUGAGAGCAACUGGUGUCGAAUUCGUGAGGGACGGACGCAGACAAAUAGUGCGGGCAAAGAAGGAAGUAAUCUUAUCGGCAGGGGCGAUCAACAGCGCGCAAAUCUUGAUGUUAUCCGGAAUAGGACCCAAAGAGCACCUGCGUCAUAUAGGAAUACCAGUGAUCAAGGAUCUUCGAGUGGGCGAUAAUUUGCAAGAUCACAUAGGUAUGGGCGGUCUUACGUUUCUCAUAGAUAAACCUGUAGCAAUCGUCCAAGAUAGAUUUCAAGCAGCUGCCAUAACUAUGCAUUACGUGGCCAAUGGCAGAGGACCGAUGACCACUCUAGGUGGCGUUGAGGGUUAUGCUUUCGUCAAUACGAAAUAUGCGAAUCGAUCCAUCGAUUAUCCGGACAUACAAUUGCAUAUGGCGCCGGCAUCCAUUAGUUCGGACGCUGGUGUUCAAGUUAGAAAGGUUCUAGGCAUAAUCGAUGAAGUUUACGAUACUGUGUUCAAACCUAUAUCAAACAAGGACGCGUGGACUAUUAUGCCUCUUCUGUUGAGGCCUAAAUCGAGAGGCACAGUCAGGUUACGUAGCUCUAACCCGUUUCACAGUCCGUUAAUCAAUGCUAAUUACUUCUCCGAUCCGAUAGAUAUCGCCACUUUGGUCGAAGGUGCCAAAAUCGCAAUGAGAAUCAAUGAGGCUAAAGUGUUCAAACAAUUCGGAUCCAGAGUUCACGGAAUUAAAGUGCCUGGGUGUAAGCAUUUGAAGUUUGCCUCGGACGCGUAUUGGGAAUGCCAUAUUCGGCAUAUCUCUAUGACGAUUUAUCAUCCAGUUGGAACGGCAAAAAUGGGCCCUUCGAGUGAUCCUACCGCGGUCGUCGAUCCUAGAUUGAGAGUAUACGGUGUUAGAGGAUUGAGAGUGAUCGAUGCGUCGAUCAUGCCCACUAUUUCCAGCGGAAAUACGAAUGCGCCGGUAAUUAUGAUAGGGGAGAAAGGGGCCGAUCUCGUGAAGAACGAUUGGUUGGCGAUAGAAAGUGCGAGAAAUUGACGGAUUUUUUAAGAAGUUGUUUUGAUUUUGUGAUUAAGAUAGAUAUUCUUUGUUGAUAGGUUAAUUAAUCUUUGUUGGUUAAAGAGUCAAACAAAAAUUUGUAACGACUUCUGUGAUUGUGAUAUGUUGAGUGUACAUACUUUGUGUAUAUAAAAUGUUUUAUUAAAUUAAUCGUAAGAUUGUUGUUAAGGUCUGAUAUAGCAAUAGAAUCAAAUAAAUGUGAAAAAUAGAAAAUUUCAUUUGUGUUACGUCGUGUGUCGAUUAAGUGGAAACAUUUUUGGAUAAUUGAACGAAUUUUAGACGAUACUCUAAAUGUCUUAAUAUAGAUAGAAUUAUCAAUGACAUUAAAUGAGAAGAUUUAAAAGAUUUUUAAAAAAUGAUGAAACAGGUGGAUUUAAAAAAUUAAAAUUAAUAAAUUCGAUAUUGAGUGCGAUGUGAUUUGUCUUAUCUGUUAAGUUAUAAUAUUUUAAGUUAUAAUAACAUUGUUAAUAUUCUAAGAAAAUAAGACAAAAAAGAAAAAUUUUAUAGAGAAAAGAUAUAUUGAGAAAAAUAUAUCUUUUUUUAAAAUUCAAAUGUCAAGUUUAAUUUGUUAAAUGUUGACUUUUUAUAUAAAUAAUAUCGAUCGUUCUUUUUUGUCUUUCCAAUACAUAAUAUCAAAUUAAAUUUACAAAAUUUAUUAUUUACAAAAAAUAUUUUCUUUCUCAGGUGAAGAUGUAUCAAUCAUGUGCCAUAGUUUGUUGCAUAACUUAUUGAUUUCCUUUACACGUGAAACAAAGAAUCAAUGAUUAUGUAUUUUUUUAUGUAACUUUUUCAUCAAUUUCUUUAUUAUCCAUUUGUUGCAUGACCUAAAACAUACAGAAAAAAAAAUAAAAAAAAUUCCAAAUUGUAUUUUUUAAAUUUUAAUUUGAAAUCUUAAUUAUUCAAUCAUAUCGUUCUUGUAGCAAAUGGACGAUAUAAAUUUAAAUUUAUAAAAAUAAUAUAAAAGAAUAUAUAAACAAUAACAAUAGAUAAUAAUAUCGAAGAAAAUCGAUACUUUUUGAGAAUGCAGAGUACAAUUUAAAAUGUAUCAAGAGAUGCAGCAAGAAAUGCAUCAAGAAACGAAACUUGAAUCCAAAUAUUUCUAGAUAUGUAUAUUUUAGAACAAUAAGAAUGCAUCAGAGAUGAAUGUAUUUGAUGAAAAUAAAAAUGCAUCAACAGCAUAA